CCAACGGUAGUGAACUUCCAUACAAUAUAUCGCAAAUAAAAUGGCAAAAAACAUCAAGCAAACAUCUUUGGAUAAUCUAAUAAAUGGAGAAGAUGUGACGCUAGAUGAUGAAACGGGUUUAACGCCAUUGCGUGCGUCAUCCCUAACAACAAACUUCGGAGGUACCAGGCUGUUGUACGGAGGCUCAGACGGGGAGCUGCGAUGCGUGGAUUUCUAUAAAUGGAUGAGUGGAGGUUACGGACCGCUAUGGAGUAAAAAUUUGGACCAGAGCAUUACAGCAGUGGCCAUGAACCAUGAUAAUUCCGUAGCUGCAGCUGCCAUUGGAAGUGUUAUAUCGUUCUACAGCGAUGCUGGAGAGCAUAUGUUUAACACCACAAAAGGAGAUAUGUAUCUGCUAGAUCCAAGGAAGACACGAGGGCAUACGGCAACGGUCACAUGCCUCUCUGCAGACCCAGACGAAAAUAACAUCUUCACUUCGGGAUCCAUCGAUGGAACACUACGGAAUUUUGAUAUAAACGCACCCAGGCAAGGUGUAUCCAUGUCUAUACAUGCAAUACAAACGUUCGUGCCCAAAGCUGCCAGAGGGCCUAGAGCCCAAAUAACUGCACUGUGCUUCUGUACAUUGAAGUCGAAAUCAAUCGUAGUAGGUGCCACAGAAAGAGGUUCAUUGUGUACUUGGGACCGUAGAACAGCGUAUCCCGGAGUAGUAAACAUGGAAGCACAUAUGUCCCGUAUCGGCGCUGUGCUAUCACCGGAUGAUAACAUGCUCAUAUCACGCUGCCAUGAUGUAGUCAAGUUAUGGGACCUACGAAAUCCUACAAAGGUAGUGCUAGAAUGCGCUGUACCAGGAGGUGAUAUGUGCCCAAAUAUGGCAAUAAGCCCAGAUGGAUUACACGUUGCUGUGGGUGAAGUGACGCCGAUAAACCCACGUAAUAUAAAGGAAGGCUUCAAAGGUUGUAUAAAGGUAGUAUCUGCAAAGACUCUAUCCGUAGAUCAUCAGUUUAAAGUAAAGUCACCACCAGGACCUAUAGCCUGGGCCAAUGAGCUGGGUCAAUUGUUCACAAUUUGCCACGAUGGUAAAAUAUGGUCGCGUUGCAACUCAGACGCACUAGAAUCAAUGUACCUCUCAAGAGCCAAAGCUGCAGUACGUCACAAAGCUACAGCUGCAGCACAACAAACCGUAUCGGUUCAACCAGAAGUAUUCCCUAUUGAUCAACUUCCCGAUAACUUGGAAGAAGCUGAGGAUGGUACACUCAAGAGGAAACGUUUACCACGACAAUAUAACAAACCUGGUGCGAAAGAAGAACCUGAUCUAGAUUAUGUAUCGUAUGGAAGAACACCAGUUAGCUAUGAAGAUGAAGAUAUAGUUACCAAAUUGCGUGCUAUGGAAGGGGAUACAAACAGCGUAACAGCAGUUGCAACCGGUACAGGCAUACAAAGGAUUCCAUACAAGACUGAUAAGUUUAUGCGAAUGUACCAAAAGAGCCAGCCAGAACUUAUACUGGACUUUACCGCACCAGAAGGCAAGGAAGAAAAUAUGCUAAUAGGAGUUCAAAAAUGCCCACGUUGCGGUAUCAAAAUAUGCCAAUGUGGCUAUAUGGAUAGCAGGAAAUCAUAAAUCGCAGUGGAUUGGAGAUGUAAAGGUACAUAUCAACCACCAAUUGAGUCCC